UCCAUUUGGAGCCUUUCCAAAGAUAACUGGCUACGAGUCCCCAGGGGCUGAGUCCCGAAUGCCACGGGCUCCACGCGUGGGCCGGAAGCGGAAGUGACGUCAGCGAGCCGCGGAUUCUUUGCCGGCGGCGCUGGCUGCGCUCGGCGGUCCCGAGCACCUUCCCUGCAUGGUGGGUGCGUCCCUCAUUUGGGUCCCUUUCAGAAGCUUCCAAAGCCACCUCUCUGCAUUGUUUCCUACAAGGAAAGGAAUUUCCAGUGCUUGGUGAGGCUGACUCCAUUCCCUGCUUCCUCCCAUCUCGCAGACAUAUUGAUCCCAGUGAAUUCAGGUGGUCGUCUUUCUAGAGGCCUGAAGAAAAGGCAAAGGUGGAGAGGAUGGUAGCUGAUUGCCUGACACAUUGCUACGAGGACUCAGUGACCUUUGAUGAUGUGGCUGUGGGCUUCACCCAGGAGGAAUGGAUCUUACUGGAUCGGGCUCACAGAGAGCUAUACAGAGAGGUGAUGCUGGAGACCUACCAGAACCUGGCCUCGCUCGGACGUGAACCCAUCAAACCCAGUCUGAUCUCCUGGCUAGAAGAAGAUGUGUGGCUUGUACAGAGCGGAGCCCUCCAUGACUGGGAAAUGCAACUUAACACUAAAGAGUCAACAUUUCAGGAGGACUCUUUGAGGAAACACACUUCCAGUGGGAUACGAACAGCAGGAAGCCACCUCGCCCAGGCCCCCCGUGAUCACGCGCAGGGCGGAGAAAUCUUCAGCGAGCACUCGUAUUUCAAGACACCCGUGAAGACACAGCACGCGUGGCCCCCCGCGGCCCCCGGCGGCCGCUCCAGCGAGGCGGCGGCGGCGCCCGUGCCCCUGCACGCCCUCCGCACCUACGCGUGCAAACUGUGCGGCAAGGCCUUCGGGCGCUCCUCCAACCUCAGCCGGCACAUGCGCACGCACACGGGCGAGAAGCCGUACGAGUGCAAGGAGUGCCGCAAGGCCUUCACCACCUACUCGCGCCUGGUGGAGCACUUCCGGACGCACACGGGCGAGAAGCCCUACAAGUGCAAGGACUGCGGCAAGGCGUUCAGCAAGCGCUCGGGCCUCAUCACGCACCUCCCCACGCACGCCUCGGACAAGCCGUACGCGUGCGAGCAGUGCGGGAAGGCCUUCGCCUCGGCCCCGCGCCUGGCGCAGCACACCCGCAUCCACAGCGGCGAGAGGCCGUACAUCUGCAAGGAGUGCGGCCGGGCCUUCCUCACCUCGUCCUACCUGCGCAACCACGUGGGCCGCACCCACAGCCGCGAGCGGCCCUUCCUGUGCGGGGACUGCGGCAAGGCCUUCCACUCCUACUCCUACCUGCGCCGCCACGUGCGCAUCCACAGCGGGGAGAGGCCCUACCUGUGCAAGGAGUGCGGCAAGGCCUUCCUCAACUCCUCCUACCUCCACAACCACGUGCGCAAAACGCACAGCGGCGAGAGGCCGCACAUCUGCGGCGAGUGCGGGAAGGUCUUCCACGCCUCCUCCUACCUCCGCCGCCACGUGCGCACGCACAGCGGGGAGCGACCCUGCAUCUGCAAGGAGUGCGGGAAAGCCUUCCUCAACGCCUCCUACCUGCGCAAGCACCUGAGCACGCACGCCGGGGACCGGCCCUACGGCUGCACCGAGUGCGGCAAGUCCUACGACCGAUCGAACCUGCUGCACGACCACCUGAAAACGCACCUGGUGGAAAAGCCAUUCGAGUGCGACGUGUGCGGGAAAGCCUUCCAGUACUUCUCAUACCUCACCAAGCACAUCCGCAUUCACACCGGAAUCAAGCCCUACAAGUGUAAGUACUGCGGCAAAGACUUCACCACGUCCUCCAGCCGCACGGAACACGUGCGGACCCACACCGGGGAGCGGCCCUACGAGUGCAAGGAGUGCGGCAAAGCCUUCAGCUCCUCCUCCAACCUCAUCCACCAUGGCAAGAUCCACAGCAGAGAGAAACCCCUCGUUAGAGAAGUAAAAAAAAACCUCCACUAGCUCCUAACUGAGCACUUACUGACGCCAACAGCAAUGGCUUGGGAUGGAAGGAAGGCUGACAGUCCUGUAGGACUUCUCGUCUUACAACAUCACACUGGAAUGUUCCCUGGGCUUUCUGCCCAGGCUCUGGUGGUUCACACCUGGAGUCCCAGUUACUCAGGA